GAUGUGCCGUCUGGUGCCGUGGGCGUACAGCAGCGUAAAUACCGCAAGUGUGCGGACGGCUGUCGGCGAUUUAACAGAAGCAUCUGAGAAGUGUUUGUACAUCCUUUAAGUGUACCGUAAUUUAUUUUUGUGGAAGCAAAGUUGGACAUGGUGUUCAAGUUUCAGUGAAAGUUCUCUGUCGUGAAAAUCGCCGAAGAACGGGAACCACACGUCCCUACGCCUAAAUCACGUUCUUUUCGAAUACUGAGCACCGCUACUUUAGCCAAUCAUGACUGACGCGAAGUAUUUUACAACCACAAAAAAGGGAGAAAUUUUUGAGCUCAAAAGUGAACUCAACAGCGACAAGAAGGAAAAGAAGCGAGAAGCUGUAAAGAAAGUCAUUGCUUCGAUGACUGUCGGUAAAGAUGUCAGUGCACUUUUUCCAGAUGUCGUAAACUGCAUGCAGACAGACAAUUUGGAACUCAAGAAAUUGGUCUACCUUUACUUGAUGAACUAUGCGAAGAGUCAACCUGAUAUGGCUAUAAUGGCUGUGAAUACAUUUGUAAAAGACUGUGAGGACGGCAACCCCUUGAUUCGAGCCCUGGCAGUACGCACGAUGGGGUGCAUCCGCGUGGACAAGAUCACAGAAUACCUGUGCGAGCCCCUCAGGAAAUGUCUCAAGGACGAGGACCCGUAUGUGCGAAAGACGGCUGCAGUGUGCGUCGCCAAGUUGCACGACAUCAACGCUCCCUUGGUUGAGGACCAAGGUUUCCUGGACCAGCUCCGGGACCUGCUUUCUGACUCCAAUCCCAUGGUCGUAGCCAAUGCAGUGGCUGCAUUGUCCGAGAUGAACGAGGCGUCAGCAAGUGGGCAGCUAUUAGCGGAGAUGAGCGCUCCAACGAUCAACAAACUCCUCACAGCACUCAACGAGUGCACUGAGUGGGGACAGGUAUUCAUCUUGGACUCCCUAUCUAACUACGCCCCCAAGGACGAGAGAGAGGCACAGAGCAUCUGCGAGCGGGUCACACCACGCCUCGCCCAUGCCAAUGCGGCAGUCGUGCUCUCUGCGGUCAAGGUGUUGAUGAAGUUCAUGGAGAUGAUGAGUUCAGACUCGGACUUUGUUUCCACCCUGACGAAGAAGCUGGCCCCACCGCUAGUGACACUUCUGUCAAGUGAACCAGAGGUACAAUACGUUGCGCUGCGGAACAUCAACCUCAUUGUACAGAAGCGGCCUGACAUCCUGAAACAUGAGAUGAAAGUUUUCUUUGUGAAGUACAAUGAUCCCAUCUACGUGAAGCUGGAAAAACUGGACAUUAUGAUCCGCCUGGCUUCCCAGGCAAACAUUGCUCAGGUCUUGGCAGAACUGAAAGAAUAUGCCACCGAAGUGGAUGUGGACUUUGUGAGGAAGGCAGUUCGUGCCAUUGGCCGCUGUGCCAUCAAAGUGGAACAGUCUGCAGAGCGGUGUGUCAGUACCUUGCUUGAUUUGAUUCAAACGAAGGUCAACUACGUUGUGCAAGAGGCGAUUGUUGUUAUCAAGGAUAUCUUCAGAAAGUAUCCAAACAAGUAUGAAAGCAUAAUUUCAACACUUUGUGAAAACUUGGACACCUUGGACGAACCAGAGGCUAGAGCAUCAAUGAUAUGGAUCAUUGGAGAAUAUGCAGAAAGAAUAGAUAAUGCUGAUGAGCUUCUUGAAAGUUUUCUUGAGGGCUUUCAUGACGAGAAUACUCAGGUUCAACUGCAGCUCCUGACAGCUAUAGUGAAAUUAUUCUUGAAACGGCCAACAGAAACCCAGGAACUCGUGCAGCAGGUUCUAAGUCUGGCCACUCAAGAUAGCGAUAACCCAGACCUUCGUGACAGAGGUUUCAUCUACUGGCGCUUACUGUCGACUGACCCCGCUGCAGCAAAGGAGGUAGUCCUGGCCGAAAAGCCCCUCAUCUCUGAGGAGACAGACCUCCUGGAGCCCACCCUGCUCGAUGAGCUGGUGUGCCACAUUGGCAGCUUGGCUUCCGUGUACCACAAGCCACCGUCUGCGUUUGUGGAAGGCUCUCGUGCAUCGCUGCGUCGGUCCUUGCCUCCCCGACAGAACUCCACUGGUUCUGGCGAGGAAGCAAAUGCUGGCAAUGUAGGGGAGCAGUCUACAGUGAUUCCUAGUGCAGACAACCUUAUAGGAGACCUCUUGAGCAUGGAUAUUAGCACUCCAGCCCCACCUCCACCUACUUCAACAAUGGACAUCUUUUCAAGUGGCCUUGAUAGUUUCUUGGGUGAUGCAUUAGGAGGUCCACUUGUUCAGCCACCUGCAGCUGCACCCUCGGCACCCGCAGCUCCCGCCCCGGUAGCUGCAGUCAGCGCGGCAUCGAUCGCUUCAGUUCAAAACAACACCACUGGACUUCUGGGAGACAUCUUUGGCAUGGGUACUGCCAGCCCAUUUCACACCCCACCGAAACAGGUAUGGCUUCCAGCUGCAAGAGGGAAAGGUCUAGAGAUAACAGGCACUUUCACAAGACGCAAUGGACAAAUUUUCAUGGAGAUGACAUUUAGCAAUAAAGCCAUGCAAACAAUGUCUGGAUUUGCUGUACAGUUCAACAAGAACAGCUUUGGCCUGACUCCAGCCCAGCCACUGUCACUGCAGUCUCCCCUGCAGCCAAACUUCCCUGCGGACGCAACCCUUCAGCUGGGCACCAAUGGCCCCGUGCAGAAGAUGGACCCACUGACCAACCUUCAGGUGGCAAUAAAAAACAAUGUGGAUGUGUUCUACUUCAGCUGUGUGGUCCCAAUGCAUGUGCUAGCCACGGAGGACGGCACGAUGGAUAAAAGGGUGUUCCUAGCCACUUGGAAGGACAUACCUGCCCAGAAUGAAGUGCAGUAUACUCUGGAGAAUGUCAACAUGAAUGCAGACCAAGUUUCCCAAAAGCUUCAGAACAGCAACAUAUUUACCAUAGCUAAACGCAAUGUCGACGGUCAGGACAUGCUCUACCAGUCAAUGAAGCUGACCAACGGCAUUUGGGUGUUGGCAGAGCUUAAGAUACAGCCAGGCAAUCCGAGAGUCACACUGUCACUUAAGUCCCGUGCUUUGGAAGUAGCAGCCGGGGUGCAGCAAUCCUACGAAGCUGUCUUGCACAGUUGAAGAAAAGGAGCGGCGCCAAAUGUUUCUUGCUUUCCUCUGCAUGAAAUGUGUCCUCGUGUACAUUCCCAAGUUAAAGCUUCGUUGUAUAGAAAGUGGACAUGUUAGAUAUCGGAUUAUAGUCUUCAUUCAAUUUGCUCUUCACAGGUUCUGAAAAUUGACAUUCCCACUAGUGUAGAUGUUGUACUGGCAGAGGUGCUGUGUGGAAAUAAAAGAAAAUGCCUCUGUU